GCGAUGUACAUGUCAGUGAUUGAUUAUACAAUGCAGUGUUCUUAGGUUUCCCUCUUAAAUGUUUUGAAAUAUAUUAUGUUCAACUUGUUAUUUGAGAAAGCAACAACAUGAUUAAACUAAAAAUUGUUUUGAUUGGUCCUAGUAAAUCAGGCAAAUCAACAAUUGCUAAUUUUCUCUCUGAAGCUAUUGAUUACACGAAUACAGAAUACCGCCCUACGCCAGGAGUAAGGAUUUUAGAAUUUGAACUGAAAAAUAACGAAUCAUCUCAAACAGAGAUUGAGCUUUGGGACUGCUCCGGAGAAAUGAGAUAUGAAAGCUAUUGGCCAGUGUUUCUGUGGAAUGCUCACGGUGUCAUAUUAAUUUACAAUCCAGAAGAUAUGGAACAAAGUUCACAAUUAGAAAAAUACUACGAACAGUUUGUUACUAAUAGCUACGUUCCGAAAAAGAAUACUCUCAUUAUGGCUCAUACAAAAAAAACAGGUUUCAAGGCUUCAAUGCCUGAUUUCGGUGAUGAAAUGUCCAAAACUACUUACGAGCGUGUGAACAUCUUCGAAGACAGUGAUAAAUUACGGAAUGUGUUUGAAAAUUAUAUUUCAAUGGUAGUUACUGAUGCUGUCGACUUCGACCAAGACGAUUUAAGUCAUUUUUCUAUGUCUUUGUGAAUAAACAUAUUAAAACAAGUACAACGGUAGAACAUUUUACUAUUUUU